AUGGCUCGUACGAAGCAGACCGCUCGUAAGUCCACCGGAGAAAAGGCUUCUCGGCAUACACUUCGCAUUUACUCAACGCACCGAAGCGCUCCAGCCACCGGAGGAGUGAAGAAGCCCGACCGUUACCGGCCAGGAACCGUCGCCCUGCAUGAGAUCCAUCGUAACCAGAAAUACACCGAACUGCUGAUCCGCAAGUUGCCUUUCCAGCGUCUGGUUCGUGAAAUCGCCCAGGACUUCAAGGCCGAUCUGCGCUGCCAGAACCUAUGUGCCAUCCACGCCAAGCGUGUCACGAUUAUGCCGAAGGACAUCCAGAUGGCUCAUCGUAUCCGUGGUGAACGGGCCUAA